AUGCUCUCUGACCUCUGCUGUCCUACCGCCAUGCUGCCUGACCUCUGCCGCCGUGUUGAACUCUGCCUGCUUGCUGUCCGACUUCUGCCGCCAUUCUACUUGACCUCUGCCGCCUGCUGUGUGAACACUACCGUCAUGCUGCUCUGUGUGAACAUAUGUGGUGGCGAAAUGCUGAACGACCUCUGCCCCGAACCUAUGUCUCCAGCUAGACAUGCUGCGCCGCCAUUCUGCAUCUAUGAUGAUCUGCCCUGA